AUGAUCCAGAAGUUGAUUGAUGUUGGAGAUCUCAAACAGUACGUUCAAAAGUCCGAACCGGAAGAAAGAAACAACAGACCCAAGCAAGUCCACUUACCUGAGAACGACAGAACGAUCAACACCAUAUCCUGCUCCGAACCCAAUGGCCCAUCGUUGACUUGUCAGAUCGGGAAAAGAUCUAGGAAACAAUUCGAGAACUAUUGUGAACUUUACAAGAUCGAUGGAGAGGAGGUUGAUCAACACGAAGAUUGGAUGAAUGUACCGCUGACCUUUUCUCCUGACCAUAUAGAAGAAGACAUGGAAGGUCACAACGACCCAUUAGUACUCACAUUACCCGUCUCAGGAUGGGAUGUAAAGAAGAUCUUGAUCGAUGGGGGGAGUUCAGUCAACGUCUUAUUCUAUGAUACUUUCAAACGAAUAAAGUUAACCGAUGAACAAUUGAUGUCUUCCUACUAUACUAUCUAUGGAUUCAACGGAGCAGCUACAAAACCCCUGAGGGACAUCGUUCUAGAAGUCAAGGCUGGGCCGAUGAAAGUAAGCACCAGAUUCAGCAUAGUAUAUGCACCAUCACCUUACAAUGCUAUCAUUGGACGACGAUGGGUGCAUAAACUCAAGGAAGUAGCGGCAACAUACCACCAGUACCUAAGGUUCCUAACUCUCGAAGGGGAAAUGCAAAUCAAAGGAGAUCAAGUUACUGCAAGGGAAUUCCAAGAUCAGCAAAACCAACUCAAUAUUGAACAAGAAGAACAACGUAGAGCCCGAAAGGGCAAAAACAGAGCAGAAGCCAAAGACAGAGCAAUUGAUUAG